CACCGCCGGCUCGGAACCUUUGGAACCCAUAUCCGUGCCGCUAUCUCCGCGUCUGGCCGUCCCACAGGUGUUCGCACGUCCGGCCAUUCAUCCGUCCGUCCCUCCUGGGGUCGGCGCUGACCAUGCCCAGCGGCUGCUGCUGCCUACAUCUCGUGUGCCUGUUGUGCAUCCUGGGGGCACCCGGUCAGUCUGCUCGAGCGGAUGACUGCAGCUCCCACUGUGAUCUGGCCCACGGCUGCUGUGCGCCUGACGGUUCCUGCAGGUGUGACCCGGGCUGGGAAGGUCUGCACUGUGAGCGUUGUGUGAGGAUGCCUGGCUGCCAACACGGCGCCUGCCACCAGCCCUGGCAGUGCAUCUGCCACAGUGGCUGGGCGGGCAAGUUCUGUGACAAAGAUGAGCAUGUGUGUACCACACAGUCCCCCUGCCGGAAUGGAGGCCAGUGCGUGUAUGAUGGGGGUGGGGAGUACCACUGUGUGUGCCCCCCAGGCUUCCAUGGGCGUGACUGUGAGCGCAAGGCCGGGCCCUGCGAGCAGGCAGGCUUCCCGUGCCGGAAUGGCGGGCAGUGCCAGGACAACCAGGGAUUUGCCCUGAACUUCACCUGCCGCUGCUUAGCAGGCUUCGUGGGUGCUCGCUGUCAGGUAAACGUUGAUGACUGCCUGAUGCGGCCUUGUGCAAAUGGCGCCACCUGCCUUGAUGGCAUCAACCGCUUUUCCUGCCUCUGCCCCGAGGGCUUUGCUGGACGCUUCUGUACCGUCAACCUGGAUGACUGUGCCAGCCGCCCAUGCCAGAGAGGGGCCCGCUGUCGGGACCGUGUUCAUGACUUCGACUGUCUCUGCCCCAGUGGAUAUGGCGGCAAGACUUGUGAGCUUGUCUUACCAGCCCCAGACCCUCCUACCAUAGGGCCCACUUCAGCUGUGGUAGUGUCCGCCACAGGGCCAGUCCCUCACAGUGCAGGGGCUGGUCUGCUGAGGAUCUCCGUGAAGGAGGUGGUGCGGAGGCAGGAAACGGGGCUAGCGGAGUCCAGCCUGGUGGCUGUGGUGGUGUUUGGAGCCCUCACUGCUGCCCUGGUCCUGGCCACUGGGUUGCUGACCCUGAGGGCCUGGCGUCGAGGUGUCCGCCCCCCUGGACCCUGCUGCUACCCGACUCCACACUAUGCUCCAACACACCAGGAUCAGGAGUGUCAAGUCAGCAUGCUACCAGCUGGACUCCCCCUGCCGCCUGACCUGUCUUGUGAACCUGGAAAGACCACAGCACUGUGAUGGAGGUAGGGGGCUCUCUGGCCCCCUUCUUCACUUCCUAUAUGCCUCAGACUGUAAAGGUUCUUCCUCAACACCCCUCACCUGGGAUAUAAACACUGAGGGACCUCAGCCUCACACCAGAAAUAUUAUUUUUUUAAUUCAUAGAAUGUAAGAUGGAAAUUUUAUCAAAUAAAACGAUGAAAAUG